AAUCCCUCCCUCCUUCUCUCUCUCUCUCUCUCUCCCUUCCUGGAGUGCCUGAGUCAGGGAGCAAUCUGAUAGGGAGGGAGUUACAGAGGAAGACCCCUAGAGAGACCCCGAGAGACUGCGCCCUCCACCUGCCAAGGUCCCUUCUGUACCCUCCCUCUGGUGUAGACCCAUGGCACACCGAUCUCAGAGCUCCUCGCAGGGGGACAAUCCCUUGGACCCCAACUACCUCCCCCCACAUUAUAAGGAGUAUUACCGCAUUGCCAUUGAUGUACUAACAGAGGAUGGACCCGAUGGCUAUGAGAGAUUUCUCGUUGAUGAAGGUGCUCCGGACUUCUUAUGUCAUUCUGAGAUUGAUCAUAUCACCAACAAUCUUCAAAGACCACCAGAGCCCACCCAAGAAAGCCUGUACGCAGAUACUGUCUAUACUGAGGAGGAAGCCGAUGGCUCGUCAGGGACUUACUGGCCAAUGCACUCUGACACUGCGGCCCCAGAGCUGGAUCUUGGCUGGCCCACCAUUUACGGCUUUCAGGGGACCGAGGUGACAACCUUGAUUCAUCCUGCCCCCUCUGACAAUCCCACAAUAAAAGAUGAAGUCCGUAGGAUGAUCAGAUCUGCACAGCAGGUCAUUGCCAUCGUCAUGGACAUCUUUACAGAUGUGGACAUUUUGAGUGAACUAUUGGAUGCUGCCGGCCGACGCGUUCCUGUUUACAUCAUCCUGGAUGAAAUGAACUCUCAGCACUUUCUAGACAUGGCAUCCAAGUGCCGUGUUAAUCUGAACUACGUGGAGUUCCUGAGGGUUCGGACAGUAUCUGGCCAGACGUAUUUCUGCCGGACGGGCACCACCUUUAAGGGGAAUCUGCUGGAGAAGUUUCUGUUGGUGGACUGCACAGUAGUACUGAGUGGGACUUACAGCUUUAUGUGGUCGUUUGAGAAGAUCCACCGUAGCAUGGCUCACAUCUUCCAAGGAGAGCUGGUCUCUAGUUUUGAUGAAGAAUUUCGGAUUCUUUUUGCUCAGUCUGAUCCUCUCAUCCCCCCAGAGAAUGCUUUGGCUAAGAUGGAGAAACCGUAUAUGGGAAUGGUUCCCUUUGCUGGUCCUCGACCCAUGUACGAUCGGAAACUGCACUUCAUGUACCCCAGGGAUGACAGCUCUCAGAACUCUUUUCCAAACUUUGGGGUAGACCCUGAUCGACACUUUUUGCAAUCUUUUAGAAGAGAAGAAAUGAUGAGGCAUAACAUGGAAAAUUCUGGUGUGAGGAUGUAUGGCAAGAGCCAGAUGGAGAUGGAGAAAACUCAGAUGUCCUUUAUGCACAAACAAAUGGAAAUGGAUGCAUUUAAAAGACACAGUUUUGCAGAAGGCACCUUUGAGAAUUAUUCUGCUUCCAAACAAUAUACUAGGCAAAUGUUUAUGAACAAUAACGAUGAGUACCGAUUCCAGUCCAGUCAGUUCCAAAAGAGCCAAUUCAUGCAAGUUGAACGCCCUUUCAGCCCUGCUCGAACACAGGGACUUUUUGAAAAGAUUCGAGGAAAUAGGCAAGGUAUGCAAGAAAUGGAAGAGACUGACUCCAGAUAUUCUCAAAAGGCCUUACCAGGAGAGAGUAAUUUUGCCCUUGAAGGCCCUUACACAAGACUUGGUUAUAACCCCUCUAGCUCUUCUCGUGAGGUGAGACAUGGCUCAGACCAAGUCAUGAAUAGUAUGGAUGGAAAAUUUGGCCAACGUUCACAGGCCCGUCAGAAAUAUGUGUGUCAGAUGUCUCCUACACAAAAGCAAAGUAUUGAACAAAGAAACUUCUUUCAGGACCAAGAUGCAGAUAAAAAGCCUCAAGAAAAUAAGCAAGGCAUGCGCAGUUGGAGGAUCUCCUCUUACCUGAGUGGAAUUCAGCCUGACCAAGACGAAGAGGGUUUACCUAUGGCAAUAGACUCUGAGGCAAAUGAUGAUGCACUUGUACCCAUUGAAAGGCUUGCGCCCCAAAAUGAGCCUGUAUUAAAAUUUACCAUUGAUCCAAUCCCACCUUUCAAGCCUUCAACAAUUUUAAAUAAUCCACCUAUGGAAGUGGAUAACAUCAGAGAUGCCAGCAUUGCAGAAAAAGAAGAUAGCUUUUUAUCGAGACAUGAUUCUUUCAGAUCAAGGACUAAUCCAUUGAUCCAGAGGAGUUCUCGUCUCCGGUCUUCCCUGAUCUUCAGCAGCUCCAAGUUGGAACAGCACAGUUCCACCUCGGAGACUUCACAAAUUCUUCAGAAAGAGCACAGAGCAAGCGAAGUGAUUCAGGAAAAUGAAAUUACAAAAACCUCUUCAAAGGUGUCCGAACUCUUGGAGAGGUAUAAGAGUGUGAACAAAGACACAGAAAGCACAACUGUGACACAAACUAAGGCAGCUUCUAGAGUUAUUCAUGAAGAAACGGAGGAGGGACAGAAGAAAAGCACAGAAACUGUGGCAUACAAGGCACUUGAAUCCAAGUUGCUGGAAAAGGAUUCAAUUAGCAGUACACUUCUUGAAUCACAGUAUCGUUCCUCAGUGACCUCUCACUUCCAGGACCUUUUUAACAAAGAUAGGCAGGUUAGCUCUGUCACAAAGAUUGAACAGAAGGCUGCAAGCUUUAAAACUAUAGAAAGCAGCAAGCCUUUUCCAGAUAAGAAAGAAAGUGUGCUGUCUAUCACAGAAAUUGCAGAAACACCAAAGCCAGAUACAGACAAGCAGAAACCAACAAACAGGCCAAACUCUGGACUUUCCUUUGGAAAUGCUUUGGAAAUGAUGUCACAAAAUCCAACAAGUAUCAGUUCUGUAAAUAAAUCGGAAGAGGAAAUGGCAAAGUUGGAGCAGAACCCUAUAGAAUUUAUUCGCAGAGGGUCCAUGAAGCUAAAACAGUUUUUGCAAUCAAAGGCUGAUAAAAAGUUAGAAGAGGACUCCUCUUCAGAUGCAGUGAAGAUGGAGAAACAGAACAUUGCUCUGAGACGUCAUUCUAAAGCAGAAAUACCAGAGCCAAUGACUAUGGAAAAUGAGGAAAAGACCACUAAACAAGUUUCUGUGUCUCCACCAAAGCCUGCUCCUGCUCCUGCUCCUCAGAGCAGAUUGUCCUCUUCAACUUCAAAUGUUAUCUUUAGUAGUAACCUCCGUGAUGACACCAAGGUUAUUCUGGAGCAGAUAUCUGCUAAUAGUCAAAAAAACCGGGCUGAGAUGGCCAAACAAACACAGCAAGCUCUAUCCUCCAACACGUCAGAAACAAACAGUACUAGUUCCAACUCGUCUGAAAGCAAAGUUGAAGAAGUUGCCAAUGCAGAUUCAUCGGCCAUCAACAGGACUGGUAGUUUUCUUAGCCGAAGUCGUUUCUCUAGGCCCUCCGCGACUUCUCCCGAGGACAGAGAUAACCUAUUGAGACGCAUGGAAAGCAUAAGGAAAGAGAAAAGAGUCUACAGUAGGUUUGAAGUCUUCUGCAAAAAGGAAGAACAACAAAGCCCCACUGAAGAAAAUGAUGAUUCUGAUUCCAAAGAUAAGAAAGGUGGCAAAUUAGUACCUAGGCUUUUUGGGUCAUUGAUGAAUAAAAAAUGACCUUAGGAUUGGGGGUUUUCUCCAUCAGGUGCCAAUACUACUGCAGGAUUCCCACGUGACGAUGCAGUCACCAGCUCAGGUGUAACAUGAAACUGCCUGGCCCUUCUAGGGGGUUCUGUGAAUGUUCAUCUAAGUAUCUUACAUUGGAAACACAGUGGGAACACAUACUUUACUAGUGGCCAAUCACAUUAUAACUUCAGGUCACAUCUCCCAAAGAGCACAUCAGAAAAUAGAAAGUUUCAGUUUUCUAGUUUUUUUUUUUCCUGGGCCCUUGACCAUGCUAAGGAUGUUUUGGUUAAUUCACCAAACUAAUGCUUACUAAAGACAAUCUUCGUUAUUUUGCCUUUUACUGUACGACAUAAAAUAACCCGACAAGGUUUGGCAGGAAAACUGAAAUUGUGACGGUCUUCUAACUCCAUGUCACCUGCUAGUAUUUCUCUCUGCACAAUGUAUCACAUUCUAGAACAAUCUCAAGGGAUUACUAUUCCUGUAUAACAGAAAUAUUUCUGGUACAAGGGCAAUGGCCUUUUUGUAAUUUUCUUAUUAUUUAUUUAGUAGGAUAUAAUUUUUUAGAUUCUCUCUACACAACUAACAGUCCCAUACAAACCAUUAAAAAAAAAAAAAAUGCAUAUUUGAAUUUGAAUGAAAAACCUGUAUUUUUAUAAACUCAGUCUAAAUUGAAUACCCAAUGUUUCCUAUUGCGAUCUUUAUUAGUAUUGAUCGAAUGCAAUGCUCGACUAUUAAGCAAUGUGAGCUUUUUGGAUACAAGGGAAUAUUACCUCAAGCUGUUCUCGAUAUGCUUUAUAUAAAUAGCCCCAGAAUUGAUAGUAUAAGUCAGGGUAUAAAUUAACAGAGCAUAACGAGAUCAUUGAACAUUUUGGUAACAGGGUCUGACAUCAUGCUAAGCCGAGGCCAUUGGAAUCAAUAUAGAAAUCACCACGAUAUUUUAUGGAGUUUGGAUGUCCAGAAGCCUAAAUUCUACGGAUUCUGAAUGAAUAUAAUUUUACAAUGGUUUGAGAAAAUGACUGUGAAUUAAGGCAUGUAAGCUCUUUAUUACAGAAAUGUCUUGUAUAUAAUUCUACUUCCACUGUCCUCGUGAGUUAGGAAUUUUGUGGGGAGCAGAGAUAUUAACGCAAGGUGUUGGGUGACUAAGUCUGUGAUGGUGGGUUUAAUCUGCAUGAGGGCCAAAAGGCUAAGGAACGCAUUCUACUCAAGGACGAGGCCAUCUGAAGGGAAUGAACGCUGGGACCCUGUGUCUUUUUAUUGAAAAUCUAUGUUUUGUCAGUGUUCCAAAGACAAUGUUUACAAAACAUACGGUAACCUUUCACAGACACCGGCUGCUUUCUCCGGUGAUGCACACUCUUCCCAGGUAUUAGUGACCAACCCAGUGUCUGUGACCUGGAUUUACAUCUAUGUUUUUCUGAAUUAGAUUUUAUAAAUAAUGGGGAUGGGUCAUGCACUUUUAUUCUUUUAUUUUGAAUUAAAAAAACAAAUCCUAAUAAACACUUUCCUUUUCUUCAUACCCAGAUUCCCCCAUUGCACCCGACCUUGUCUCUAUUUAUUGAUAUGUUUCUUGAACGGUCAGAUCACCCGGUCUGACUUAGGUGUUUGCUUCUAGAAGAAUUGUUCCUGAGUCCGGGAUGUGAGUUUCCAGUCUGUGAGCACUCCAUCUUAAGAACCUAGGUCAAUAAGUUUGCAUACAAACUGGCUAUUCUCAUAUUUCAGGGGAUACAUGUGGGCCAGUUUGGGAGCCCCCUGUUUCGGUGACAUUGAAUGAUUUUAGUUCCUGAAGGUGUGUGUAAAAGACUACUGUUCUGUAUGGGAAUAAUUCUCUUAAUAAUAAGCUUCUGUUUUAUGGUGAGAGUUGAACACUGAAAAAUGUCACCUGUAAAACAUUAUUAAAUUAAAGAAAUUUGUAUAAUAAACAUGAAGCAUUGGUUCAAAC